AUCUUUAGAUAUCUUAGACUAGAAAUUAAUCCCCUCUAUAAAUAGGAAAAACUUUAGUUGAUUGAUUUUUUGCAAAAUGUCGUGUUUUUUUUUUUGUUCUUGUCAGAUUGAGAGGAGACUUGCAUCAGACCAGAUGUGGGGUGCAAACAGAUCUUCUGUGCAAAAAUACCCAAAGUACGCCAGUAAAACUGUGCGUGUUACAAGCUUUAACGACUGUGGUGAUAUUGUUAUACCACCUGACAGUUUAGCUGAUUCUGGAUUUUUCUACGCUGGUUUUGGGGACUGUGUGAGAUGCUUCCAGUGUGGUGUAGGUCUUCGUCACUGGUCUGAAGAAGACGACCCAUGGAUAGAACAUUCCAGAUGGUCAAAAGAUUGUGCCCUUGUAAGACAAGUGAGAGGUCAGGAGUUUGUAAAUCUUGUGCAGGUGGCCGUAGAAUACUCGCAGAACCAAAAUGCAAAUGAAGAAACACCAGGCGAUGGUACUUCAGGCACGAAUCAAGAAGCUCCAACUAGUGGAGAUAUAGAGAAUCUAAUGCAUACCGACGCUGCACAGAGUGUUUUAGAAAUGGGUUAUCAUCCAAACAUCAUACGAAGAGCUAUACGGGCAAUCAGGGAAAUAAAUGAUCAUGAAGACCUGACUGCAAUCAGUCUGAUGGAAAAGAUAUUUGCAUCAGAGAAAGCUGAUAUUUCUGCGAACAGUAAUGAGCACAUGGAACCAUGCAACAAAGUCUCACGUUACAGUCUACACAAGCCAAUUCGACGCCGAACUGGCUGUAACGUUACUAACAAGUGUGACUCGAAUGCGCAAUGUGAAAUGACAGGAGGCAGUUACACAUGCACGUGCAAUACAGGAUUUUCCGGGGACGGCACGACUUGCACGGAUAUAGAUGAAUGUGUAGGUGGAAGAGCUGUUCAGAAAAUGAAAACUGUAAAUACAGCAGGGAGUUUUACCUGCACCUGUAACUGGGGAUUUUCUGGUGAGGGUACAUCAUGUAUCCCGCAGAUAAAGUAUAAAUGUAACUCUGACGACAGUCUUUACUUGUACAACUUACCGGAAGACAGCUAUAUACAUUGUGUAUUUGCCAUGCAGGUUGAGACGGCCGGGGGACACAUGCUGUUUCCAGUGUCUGAUAUCAACUCUACCACUGUCGCAAUUUCAGGUUGUUGUAAGACAACAUGUGGCAAUAGAAAGAGAAGUGUCAUGGAGAGAGCGGUCAGAGAUCCAAGAUCAGUGUUCCCAGCGAGAAUUAACAAUGUCCUACGUGUAGCCGACAUUUACUCGUACCUGAGUGGAAGCAUGAGAAUUUCUGGAUCAUCUACAACAGCUGAGAAGUUGAUGAUGAUUAUUCUGCUUAUGACGGUUGGAAUACUUAAUGCACGAGAAAAUUAG